ACGAGACCAGCUGUACAGGAAAACAUGUCAAGUAACAAAAAUAAUAACAAACUUUCUCAAAGUGCAGUUUCACUCAGAACCUUUAUCGCAGAACAAAAUAAGUUGAUCACCAAGAAAAAUUCUCUCGAAGUGUGUGUAGAAUCUUGUUAGCAGAACAAUAAAUUGUAUUACAUUUAUUUGGUAGCUAAGUAGUAUACGCAGAAGUGUGAAAAAAAGUGUAAGCAAGUGAUCUGCUGCCUGUGAACAGUGGCGUCCAAUAUUGUGGCUAAUGCCAAUGUUAUCAGUAGCCAAAAGUUGGGGCUAGCAAUCAUGGAUUACAUGCUGGACGCAUACGUGGGCUACGAUAUCGGAUCCGUUGAACCGGAUGAUAUUCCCAAGACGGAUGAUGCUGUCUGGAUUCUAGGCAAGCAGUAUGACGCGAUUCAAGAUCUAGAGGCAAUACGGCGGGAUGUCCAGAGUCGACUGUGGUGCACCUACCGGCGCGGUUUCGUUGCUAUCGGCAGCUCGCAGCUCAUCACCGACAAGGGCUGGGGCUGUAUGCUUCGCUGCGGACAGAUGGUACUGGCACAAGCUCUCACUCAGUUGCACCUCGGACGCGACUGGCUCUGGACGACGGAAACAAAGGAUGAAGUCUAUCUGGAGAUCGUAAAUCGAUUCGAAGACAACAAACAGGCACCGUUCUCACUGCAUCAAAUCGCCCUUACCGGUGAGUCAUCGGAGGAGAAAAGAGUUGGGGAAUGGUAUGGUCCCAACACGGUAGCACAAGUGCUCAAGAAACUAGUAAAAUUCGAUGACUGGUGUCAGUUGCAGAUCCAUGUCGCUCUGGAUAACACAUUGGCCACUGAUGAAGUUCUGGAGCUUUGUGUGGACAAGACCAAGCCUGACAGUUGGAAGCCACUGCUAUUGAUCAUACCACUCAGGCUAGGUCUGAACGAAAUUAACCCAAUAUACGUAGCCGGGUUGAAGAAAUGUUUCGAACUUGAAGGAAACUGCGGAAUGAUUGGCGGACGGCCCAACCAAGCUCUGUACUUCAUCGGGUACGUUGGGAACGAAGCGUUGUAUUUGGACCCGCACACGGUGCAGCGCUCGGGUUCCGUCGGAAACAAAUCGAGUCAAGAUGAGCAGGAACUGGAUGAGACCUUCCAUCAAAAGUACGCCAGACGUAUAAAUUUCAAAGCCAUGGACCCCUCCCUAGCCGUUUGCUUCUUCUGUGCAACGAGGAAAAGCUUUGAUGAUCUGAUUUUGAAAUUCAACCAGGAGUUAACUGGUGGAACCUGUCAAGCACUGUUCGAAGUAACCAAAGCGAGACAAGCUCCGUGGACACCCACGACCACAUCUUCAGCUUCUUCGCGUAAAAGUAGUGGGCCAAAUGAAACGUUUAAUGAAAUUUCGGCCACAGAAAUAGUUAACGAGGAAUUUGAAGAAGUGGAAACCCGCCAAAUGGACGAUUCGGACGAAGAAUUCGAAAUCAUAGCGUAACGGAUUGCCUUGGUCGGGUGUGGAUAUUUUCAUGGCCAAUAAGUGAAAGAAAGUGAUUGUGUGCAUAGCGCUAGCGUUUUAAGUGACCACAUUAACUGAAUCUGAAUACCGACAAACAAAAAUUGUUAAAGUGCUUUAUACAAACACAACAACUCAGCUUGUCAGCAGCUCUCGUCAGGGCGAUCACAUUUUUAGGAUGUCUUAAUCGCUCUAAGUUUCUAGAUAUAGUUCUAUAUAUUAUGAAAAGAAAAAAAACAAUGUUUAGGUUUGCUGUACAUGCGCAGCAUCAUUGUGCAGAAAAUUUACAUUAUCAUUCGCUUUUAAUUAUCGUGUAUCCAAUUUGAUUGAAACUUCAUUCUUUACAAUCCCUA